CGCUUCGCGAAAUGUUUAGAGAAAGAUCGCCUUGAUGUUCGAAGCAUCUGUCGAAAGUGUCACUAACGGAUCGCGCUGAUGUUGCUGAUGCUGUUUGCGGGAUCAAAAUCGGUCGACGCGAAAGAAACGAUUCUUCCAGUGGCUCACGGCUAAUUGAGCCGUUUCGGCUCGUAUCUCUCGGCUCGUCGAGAAUCAGGAGCGGAGAAUCAGGGCAUAACAGUGUCAAUAGGAACGUUAGUCGUGGAACGGACCAUUGCGUGCACGUCAAAUUCGUCUGACCGAAACCUGCUCCUCCGCAAGAAGAUGUAGAGAAGAAUUGCCUCCAAGUUAAAUUCCCUUUUCCCGAUCGUGGGAUGGGACUCGGCCACUCAGGAUGAAUUACAACUCGCUAGGGUGAUAGCGACUCGUCCUACAGCUGUACAAUGUUAUGUGCGGGACCAUAAUUUAAAUCAACUAUGGCACAGGACAGUUCAAUUCCGAAACCCGCAGAGCAGUUCAAACUUAUACCAAAAAUUAUAAACGGAGGCAUUGCCGGAAUUAUUGGAGUAUCCGUGGUUUUUCCGCUUGAUUUGGUGAAAACAAGAUUGCAAAAUCAAGUUAUUGGCCCGAAUGGCGAACAAAUGUAUAAGUCAAUGUUUGACUGUUUCAAAAAAACUUACAAAGCAGAAGGUUACUUUGGAAUGUAUAAAGGAUCCGCUGUAAAUAUAUUGUUAAUCACGCCUGAGAAAGCAAUCAAACUUACUGCCAAUGAUACAUUUAGGCAUUAUCUUUCGCUUGGACCUGGACAACAAUUGCCAAUAGAACGUGAAAUGCUCGCUGGUGGCUUGGCAGGAGCAUGCCAAAUAAUUGUUACCACUCCGAUGGAACUGCUUAAAAUACAAAUGCAAGACGCUGGCAGAGUCGCCAUAGCAGCUAAAGAAGCGGGUAAAGUUGUGCCAAAGGUAUCCGCUUGGUCAUUAACGGUAGAUCUACUUAAGAAACGAGGUAUACUGGGGUUGUACCAAGGAACUGGCGCCACGGCACUCAGAGACGUAACAUUCUCUGUUAUUUAUUUUCCGCUGUUCGCUAGACUGAAUAAUCUUGGGCCAAAGCGAGAAGACGGUUCAUCUGUAUUCUGGUGUUCAUUCCUUGCCGGAUGCGCCGCCGGAUCGACGGCCGCAUUAAUGGUAAAUCCAUUCGACGUAAUCAAAACUAGACUGCAAGUUAUCAAAAAAGCACCUGGUGAUCCAACGUACAAUGGAGUGUUAGACUGUAUACUGAAGACAUUUAAGAACGAGGGACCGAGGGCAUUCUUCAAAGGCGGCGCUUGCCGAAUGAUAGUCAUAGCGCCGUUAUUCGGAAUUGCACAAACCGUCUAUUAUCUCGGUGUAGCUGAGUGGCUGCUGGGAUUGAAGUGAAAUCGCCAUAUCGCCGAUUCGUGCCGUUCAAAUACUCUGGGAAAACUUGACAAUAAUCAUUGUAGAUCGUAGUUGUAUUUUUGCUUGAAAUUUUUGCUCUUCAAUAUUGCUCUACAAUAAGAAUGUUGUUAAACGGGGAUCUCGCGAUCGCUUAUAUACAAAGAAAAGUAAAAAAGUAUUAAUUGAAAUUGCCGUAAUUCUUGCAAGUCGCAAAUUAUAAUAGAUUCGUAUAUGAUUGAAUGGAAAUUUAUCUAUGUUUUACGUCCAUAUCCGCAAAGUGCAUUAAAAUUUUUAAUCAAAUAUUGUACAGUGAAUCGAAUCUAACAUUCGUCUGAUUGUAUUCUUACAACGUAAAAUAUAUCGUCGAUAAAUAUAUUGAAAUAUCAAAUCAUUAGGAAAACGUAUGAUUGCAAAUAUUUCACAACUGUACCAAUUACGUGUUAUUCAAUAUUUAGAUCGUGUAUGCGUCUUUCCAUAUAAUAAUAGCAUUUCUUCAUCUCUUCCUCAUAUUUUAUAGAUUCUAUAAAAUAUAUGGUCUAUAAAUUAUAUGCGAGAUCCUGCCCACGAAUCAUGCUCGUUGUUAAACUGAGUGUAUCGGGAUCUUAAUUGUUAUAAAUAUCUACCAAACUAGCCAAUUAUAGUCAAUUAUACAUGUACAUUAAAGACAUUAAGCAGA